AUGAUACUAUUGUAUAAAUUAUUGGGGAAAAUCAUAUAUAUCUUUCUAUCAUUUUCUUAUUCUAGCGCUGAUGAUAUAAUUAUUCUGUAUAUAGUUGUUCUUGUGCUUUGCACUGUGAAUCUAAAAAAAAUCGUGCGGAAUCGAAAACAGAGAACUGUGGUAUAUACAUAUACGAAAGGAGUUCCCUUCAUUGAUCCUUUUUUUCUUUUCGUGGUUCCUUGUCGCGGCUUAAAUUUACGAUAUAGGCAUAACCAUUUUAUAAAGAUACUUCUUGCAACCUUUCUCUAUUAUUUUUCUACAUGUACCAAGCUGCUCGUGAUGGCACUUACACAUGCACAAUGCACGGUUGACGGCGUUGUGAAACAUAAUAGGCAGCAUGUCACUAUUGCAUUGUCACCACAGUGUCUUUAUGUCCAUUAACAGCAUGCUGCCUAGUGACGAUUUUAUGGGGUUUGAGAAUCCUCUUUCCGUUGUUUCCCAUGUAACGGGUGUGUGUUACAUUAUCACGGGGAUUAUUCUUUUAUGAGGUAUUUUCCAAGAGCACAGGCCAACGCCACAUUACGUGGUUGUUCUUGUUAGAGAGGUCCCGAACAGGAUUCCACUUCCAAGCUAGGAAGAAGGGAACAUAUCCCACAGGUCCUAAAAAGACAAAGUCUCCUUGGUUAGGGACCUGCGGCAUAUCUUGGUCUAGUUAUUGAAAGGAAGUAGAGUGAUUUAAUUGAUAAGCUGCAGGAAAUGUUUUGGAAUACCAUUUGUACAUUAUCUAUACAGUUAUAUUCACAACAUGGAAUACUAGCAGAGGCGCCUGUCCCUACACCAAA